AGUCUUUGCUAGACCGGUGCUGAGUGCAGUGUGCAGGCGCCGCUGAUUCGCAUUCGCAGUCACGAGGAAACGUGCGCGAAGUAGUCCUGGCAACAUUUCUGAAAACUAUGAUACCUUAGUUUUUUUUUAAAGUUUGAAGUGUGAAAUUAAAACAUGCAACUCGGCAUUAUGUGGUGUUGGUGUAUGGUACUUGCCAUAUGCUCGGCGGAGAAAUGGCGGUUUCCAGAGACCGCGUCGUCCAUCCGAAUUGACAGCAAAGUUCGGUUCACACAAACCGAUCAACCGUUCAACGAGAACCAGAAUUUACUUUCCACAAGGGACCGAAUGAAUGUGCAGUUGGACGAAAUCCCGGUCCGGGAGCCGGCGGAAACCGAGGGAUUCAAGCAGCCGUCAAGACCCUUACGCUACCCUUCAAGGGUUGAACUAAACAGUGGAAGCCGCCGUGAACUACAGCGUCGUACUCACAAUCAGCGCGAUCGGGACCUGCACCAUAAUGAUGUGUACGAAUCGGACGGCACUCUAGACUCGCUGCAAUUCUGCAAGUGCAGUCCGACACCAAGCUGCGGUCAACGCUCCGAGUACUCGAGAGUGUGUGGCGCAAACAUGUACCUGUGUUGCUACAAUGACCGCAAACAGCAGCCCUCAGAAUAUUUCAACGAACUUGUGGACGAACGUCCAAUGCUGCUUCCUGGUCACUUGCCCAGCGCUGGUCCCUUCCCCCCGCCCCCCGAUACCCUGCUGACUGGUCACUACGAGCCGGGGCACGCGAACGAAGCCGCCUUGCUAUCUGCUUUGGGCUCACCACCCGGAAUCCUCGUUGGACCACAAGGACCUAAGGGAAUCUUCAACCCCGCCCAAAGACCCGCAAAUUAUUACUCCAGGCCUUCUGUAUUAGUCGGCCCUGAUGGCCCAACAGGUAAUAUUGGACCAAAUAACAAGCCGGUUCUCGUUGGACCUGAUGGCCCUACUGGAAUUGUAGGUCCGACUGGUGGCUCUACCGGAGUCUACGGUCCCACUAGAAGACCUUUUAAUAAUGAAGGAAAUAUCGUCAGCUCAAGUAAGAGGCCGGUCCUUGUUGGCCCUGAUGGCCCCACUGGAAUUAUAGGUCCAGCUAGUGGCUCUACCGGAAUAUACGGCCACACUAGAAGGCCUUUUAAUAAUGAAGUGAACAUCGUCAGCUCGAGUAGAAGACCGGUCCUUGUUGGUCCUGACGGCCCUACUGGAAUUGUAGGUCCGACUGGUGGCUCUACCGGAAUCUACCACCCCACUAGGAGGCCUUUUAAUAAUGAAGUGAGUACAGUCAACUCGAGUAAGAGGCCAGUGCUCGUUGGCCCUGAAGGCCCUACCGGAGUUAUAGGACCUAGCGAUAGACCUUCUAUUUUAGUUGGACCCAACGGUUCAACCGGAACCAUUGGACCUAGUCAAAAACCUGUCCUUAUCGGUCCUGAUGGACCCACGGGUAUAAUCGGACCAAGCGAAGGAAGUCUGGGAGCAUAUAGAGAUCCUCAGGAUAUGCGACCGAGUGAGACUGCUCAAAGGCCCGUAUUAGUCGGGCCCGGUGGUCCAACUGGUAUCAUCGGACCGGGAUAUAAUCCACGUGGCGUUCUCGUCGGUCCCGGGGGACCUACAGGAGUAAUUGGACCAGGCAGACCUGUUCUGUUCGGCCCUGGAGGACCAACAGGUAGAAUUGGACCCAACUACGGUCGACAAUAUCCGGGUGGACGACGACCAAUUUUAGUCGGGCCCGGAGGACCAACCGGUGUGAUAGGCCCUUAUGGAAUCAACGGAAAAUAAGUGUUGACUAUUGUGUUACUAGAUGUUAGAUUGCUAAUGUAAAAGUACCUGCGUCUAACGCAAUGAUCGUAUGUUAGUACUUAAAUGUAAAUAUUUUAUAUAUUAUAUGUAAAUGUAACUAGUAUAAGUAUCUAAACAAAAACUUUAAAGUGUGUCGUUAAGUUGAGUAGUGAGUAUGAGUGUGAGUACCAAUUGUAGAAUACACGCGUAAAAGAUUGCGCACAUGAACUACUGUAAAAGCAUCUAUUGUUACAACACCAGGAAAUGUAACAUAGGAAAUGUUUGGGCACUCAAUAAAUUAUAAUAAAUAUU